ACACAAUUCGAUUAAAAUAAAGCAUAUUCUCUCUGCUGCAUACCGUCGUUUUCAGCUCUCCUCUGGUUUCUGAUUGGUGUCUUUGUUUUGUUGGUUUUCCAUUUUAUAUAUCCAUUACCGAUUUUCUCGCCCUCCACUCUCUCACUCUCUUUCUCAUCGUUCCCAACGUUGAGAAUAACAGUAGACUCUGCAGACCCAUAUUUUCUUUUUCCCGGAAAACUGUUCUGCUGGUGAGGCCGCCAUGGAUCUGUGCUCCCUGCACGUCAAGAACAUCAACAGAAGCCCUUUUAUGCAUAGGAACUCGUUUACUGAGAAACCCAUUUGUUGGAACUUCGGAAAUGUGAGGCCUUCUUGGGCUGGUGUUGAAGAUGGGAGGGACUUUGAGAGUGGGGUCUUGAAUUCGAAGCGCAGGGUUUCCUCUAAUGGGUUUCGUUCUUUGGUUGUGAGAGCCAUGGGGAAGAAGAACAAUAAUGGAAAUUCAUCUAACUCUUCCUCUUCUUCAGGAAAUGGUGACCGUUCUAUUCCAGAAGGUGAUGGUGAAAAAGAAAACGAUUCUUCAGAAAACUUCAGAGACACUUCUUCCCAGAAAAAUUAUCGUAUAAACUUGGAUUGGAGAGAGUUCAGAGCAAAGCUAUAUACUGGGUGGCAGGGAGAACAAGCGGAAUCUGAUGCUCAGAACCAAGGUGGGACUCCCUACCAAUCAAAACCUCUUGGCCUGAAGUGGGCUCAUCCUAUUUCCGUACCUGAGACAGGCUGUGUCCUGGUUGCCACAGAAAAGCUUGAUGGAGUGCGCACCUUUGAAAGAACUGUUGUUCUUCUCCUCAGAUCAGGAACCAGACACCCAGAAGAGGGGCCAUUUGGAGUUGUUAUCAACAGGCCACUCCACAAAAGGAUCAAACACAUGAAGCCCACAAAUCUUGAUCUUGCAACCACAUUUUCUGAUUGUUCUUUGCAUUUUGGUGGGCCUCUCGAGGCAAGCAUGUUUUUGUUAAAAACAGCGGGCAAGACAAAGCUUCCUGGGUUUGAAGAAGUGAUCCCUGGCCUUUGUUUUGGUGCUCGUAACAGCCUGGAUGAAGCUGCUGGGCUAGUAAAGAAGGGUCUUGUUAAGCCCCAGGAUUUCAGAUUCUUUGUUGGAUAUGCUGGGUGGCAGCUGGAUCAGUUGACAGAGGAGAUUGAAUCGGAUUAUUGGUACGUGGCUGCUUGCAGCUCAAAUUUGAUUUACGGGGCUUCAUCAGAGUCUUCGUCAGAAAGUUUGUGGGAAGAAAUUUUGCAGCUAAUGGGUGGCCAGUAUUCUGAAUUGAGUCGAAAGCCUAAGCAGCAGGAUAUGUAGUCUAAUUUAUAAUAUCGUUGGUGCUCACUAAACAAAAACUAGUUCUAGAGUUAUAAAGCGAGUCGUGCAGUUAAUGUAUAUGUUAAGCCAAUUGUACAGAAAGUUUGCUGGCUCUUCAAGUUAGUACAUCUUGUUUUAUUUCUUCCUUUUUGUUGUUUUUUUCCUUUUCUUUCUCUCGGUUUUCUAUUUUCCUUCUCAAUAAAGAAGUUGCUAUUUGUGUGGUUCUUGUA